AUGUCGUCUGGAUCUUUACGUCGCAUUUCUCACCAAUGGCGCUACCUUCAAAAGGCUCACCACAGCACAUUUCAGGCUGGUGAUUUUUGCAUGCUUCGUGAUGUCAGAAACAGCAAAAAAUUCUUUGUUGGACCCCUGGAGGUAGAUUCCAAGCGUGACAUCAAGGGUGCAAUUAUUUCCCAUGCAGAUGUGAUCGACAAACCUGCACGUACAAUUAUACGAGCACACAAGGGAAACACCGGAUACAUGUUGCAUUUCCCAACUUUAGAAGAGUAUGUUCUCAAUGUACCCAGAGCAUGUACACCUAUUUAUCCAAAGGACGCUUCUGCAAUUGUCCAAAUGUUGGAUAUUGAACCGGGCCAUCGUGUUCUUGAAGCUGGCACCGGAAAUGGGGCGCUUACCUUACACUUAGCCAGAGCUGUUGGACAAGAAGGCAAGGUUGAUACAUUUGAAAUAAGAGAACCUCACGCGCGCACAGCCGAAAAGCAUGUUGCCCGGUUCAACCGUGGACGGUACUUGCCAACAAUUGCGUUCCACCACGGAUCAGUUAUGGAAAAAGUAUCUGAAGUUGGCACAAAAGAGUGUUAUGAUGGGCUUAUCCUUGACAUGCCAGAACCCAAUCUGGCAUGGCCUGUGCUGCUACCAUACUUGCGCAAUGACCGUUUUUUGGUGUGCUAUCUUCCCAAUAUGACCCAGGUUCUCCAGCUGGCAGGCCAACUGCGAGGACAGCAUCUGGUAAUGGAAGAUUGUAUAGAAGUGGAAUGGAAAUCGUGGGAGAUCCGUGCAACGCAGAUUCGAAGUCGUGUUGCAGCUGCAGCUGCAGUAUCUGCUACAAAUUCUGCAAAUCCUGUACAAAACACUCUAGAUGAUGCACAAGUCGCCGGGGAAAAUACUGAGAAUCCAGUUGAAGCUGAAGCUGAAUCUACUGUCGUUGAUACAGGUGCAAGCGAAGCACUUGCCUGGGUGUGUCGACCAAAGAAUUUUGAUGUGCGAGGCCACACGGCCUUUCUUGUAAAAUUACGUAAAUGUGAACCUGUACCAUAA